AUGGAGCCUGGCGAUCGCGCGCCCAGGAGGACGAGCCGAGUCGCGGUAGGAUGUACUGCUUGUCGAGCUCGCCAUGUUAGGUGCGACAAGAACAUGCCUGCAUGCACUUCCUGUGUGAAAGCAGGCAUUCAGUGUGUUCGUGCUUUGCAGGUUCGAUUCCGGAGUGGACUGGAUUCUACCGAUGAGUUUGCCUUUUCCGACAACCAAGUCUGGGUUCGACCAGAGAUGGAAUACUGCGAUGAAACCGCUCAGCUAUCCCAGAUCUACGAAACUGAGGACCGGGAACCCACCGAGACUGCAGUGGUGGAUUCUGCUCAGUACAGCUUCGACCUUCCAAUCAUGGACGCACCGGUUGAGAGGUCACCGGCAUUUCACACAUCCCCACAUAUGAUGGUCUCACCUGACACGAAUGGCUCGGAUAUCUCAGAGUCAAGACACAGGACCCGGCACCUCCGAGAUAGCUCCUCACUCGACCUUUCUCCGCGUUCGCCGUCAUCACGUCCUGCAAUGCCUUUCACUCCCCGAGAGGCUAUCCUUAUCAGGAAUUUCACUGAGAAUAUGGCUCUAUGGGCGGAUGCCACUGACUUGCGUCGACACUUUGAAAUUGAAGUUCCUCGGCGAUCCAUGUACUUUCCUGUGCUACGAUACGCAGUCUUUGCCUUUUCCUCACGGCAUCUGAACCGAAACAUGUCGGACACUACCACGGAGGCACUGGAGUACUACGACAGAUGCUUGAGCCUCCUGAUUGAGGCAGUGGCUGAGCAGAAUGGGCCCGUUGAUGAAGAGACACUCGCUGCCAUUGCAAUUUUACGGCAGUACGAGGAAAUGGAUGCGGAUGACAAGGAGCUACACCUCAAUGGCACCUCAAGAAUCGUCAACUCCAUGUCCGUGUUCGAUUUUAACGGGGGCCUCGGUGAAGCCGCCGCCUGGCUAUGUCUUCGACAAGACAUCUACAUCUCACUGACGAAGCAAAGACCUCUGCGGUCAGACUUGGACACGUAUCUGCAAUCAGACGUGUUCAAACGCAUGGAUGACGCCGCUUACGCCAAUAAGAUGGUCUUUCUGCUAGCAAAAGCGCUUGCCUGCGCCUUUUCUUCGGACAAGCCUUGCUCGGCGGACAGCCUAGAAGGGAUUCGCCGGGAGGUGGAUAGCUGGUUCGACUUGAAGUCGCCAGCGUUCAACCCCAUCCACGAAGCAAAGAGGAGCAGAGAAGAAGGACGGUUAUUGCCAGAAAUAUGGGUUCUUUCCCCAUUUCACGCUGUCGGGUUGCAAUACUAUCACAUUGCAAAGAUCAUCCUCGCCAUGUCUACGCCGAUCGUAGCUUCGUCAGUGUUUGAGCAUAUACGACAAGGGAAACGGGUCGAGCAAAUCGUACGAAACCACCUGCUUCAGGUGAUAGCGUUGGCAAACUCCCACGCAAGAGCAGAGAAUGCUCUCUUUACGGCGCGGCAUUCGCUUUCAGUUUGGGGCGGCGUCUUUGCUGAAAAAGACGACCAGGAAAUGGUGCUCAGCUUUCUGGAACAUGUACAACAGAGGACAGGUUGGAACACAUCUCCAUUACGUUCAUCACUACAAGAACAAUGGAUCCAAGAUACUAGAGAAUAA